GUGUCGCCGAUCAGAAGCGAGAGCGGCGUGCUUCGGCUUCCGGGUCGCUCCGAGGAUGGUUCUGCGGCGGCUGCUGGCCACCCUCCUGCACAGCUCGCAGCUGGUGGAGCGUCUCUCAGAGUCUCGGCCCAUCCGGCGUGCGGCACAGCUCACCGCCUUUGCCCUGCUGCAGGCCCAGCUCCGCGGCCAGGACGCGGCCCGGCGCUUGCGAGCCAUCGCGGCUGGGCCCGCUGGCUCCCUGGGCCGCCGCGCUGCCCGUUUCAGAGACAGCUUCACUCAGGAGCUACGCCGGGGCCUCCGGGAACGCCCGCGGCCACCACCAGGUAGCCAGAAAGGCCCAGGAGCAAACCCCUAAACCCAGGCUGGGCCAGGUCGAGGUCGCCUGUUUCCCCUCUGGGCUGGACACCGGCCUCGGCGCUAAGGAGUCAUCCCUCAUCCCUGACCAUACACACGGCCUGGAAUCCUGACUCAAGUUGUUUGCCUAUAUGCGUCCCACUCAUCAGAGAGCCCGGGCCAAACUUGACACCCCCAGGGAAGCCGUGAUCGGACAGGACACAGCGAAGGAAGAAACUCCCCGAAGCCUGACAGAGAUAGAUAGGCUCGGCCCUGAUUCACCGCGGGCAGAGAGCCAUGGACCUAAGUACGACCGGCGAGAGGUUUAACCUCAGCAAAUGGGACUAAAACUAGUGAUCGAUGCUGCUGCCGCUGCAGUGAUGUAGCAAGUCGCUACUUCCAGGGGAGAUCCUGGAUGGAAAGACAAUCCUGCAACUGCCAAAAAUCCUCUGAUUAAAUGUGUGAGCUGAGUAA